UUCAUAUCUAGGUGGAAUUGUACAACUUAACCCCCCGAGCAUCUGGAAGACGUUUUCCCGUUGAUCGAUAAGCAUCAAUAUGCAGGUGUCUCUUGUUCUAUUAUAUUCCAGCUCAGCGCUGCUGCUGUUGGAGGGUUGCUGCACAGCUGUGCCAGGAUGGAGAGUUUUAAAAAACGAUGCAACAGAAAUAAUUCCUGAAUACACCGAAGAAACACCAUAUCGAGAGGAACCCAUUCAACUGUCGAAUAAUUCAAUGAACAGGGCGAAGCACGGAGGAAGGAGGAGAUCAUCGAACACUGCCUCAUAUGGUGCCUCCGAGCUGAGCUGCCGGGAGCUGCGAUCCACUCGUUACAUCACCGAUGGGUCCUGCCGCAGCGCCAAACCGGUGAAGGAGCUGGUGUGCUCCGGGCAGUGCGUGCCCUCCCGCCUGCUGCCCAACUCCAUCCUGCGGGGCAAGUGGUGGAGCAGCAGCUCCUCAGACUACCGCUGCAUCCCGGCGCACUCUCGCACUCACCGUGUGCAGCUGCAGUGCCCGAGCGGCCACAGCCGGACUUACAAAAUCCGCGUGGUCACCUCCUGCAAGUGCAAGCGGUACACCCGCCACCACAACCAAUCUGAAGCCAAGGGGACCUCUUCCCCCAAGCCACGGCGCAACAAGAAACGGAGCCAACAGCAGCCCCAGGAGCAGAGCAAGAGCCCAGAGAUGGGCAACUCCUACUGAGGAUCCCGCGCAGACAUACACGUGUACAUACGUGCACGUACACACAUACGCACACACACAGACACAUACGCCCAUAUGCAUACAUGUCCAUGCAUAAAAAAAGCCCCACAUACUCAAACACAGCACACAUGCCCGCAUGCGCACACUGCUGCACGUGAGCACGCACAACGCUCCUUCAACAGAGCAAGAGAAGCGGAGAGAUGCGAGAGCUGUGCAUCAGACUUCCGAGUCGCACAUCACAUUAUACGCGCUCUACAGAUUUACCCAGAUGUGUAUUAAGAUAUGUAUGGUCUGUUGAGUCCUAACAGAAUGGGACAGCACACAGCUGGUCAGGACUUUGGGGGAUCAGCGGGUCGGGCCGGGUUGGGAGUGGGAGGUACACACUUUCACAGACACAUUUCCUUUGAGUUUUGUGAAAGGUCCAGUUUGAAUUGCAUUAAUUCCUCCACAUGUAAAAUUAAUCUCCAUGCAACAAACCGGGGAACCUACAUCCACUUCACCACUUAAAGACUAGUACAGACAUCCAUGAAGUAGGCUGUGUCCCUGAGGUGGACAACAUAUUUCUAUAUACACUCAGUGAGCACUCUAUUAGGUAGACCUGUACACCAAUGUGUUAAUACAAAUAUUUAAUCAGCCAAUCAUAUGGCAGCAACUAAAUGUAUAAAAGCAUGUAGACAUAGUCAAGAGGUUCAGCUGUAUUUCAGACCAAAUGUCAGAAUGGGGAAGAAAUGUGAUUUAAGUAACUUUGACCAUGGAAUGAUUGUUGGUGCCAGGCAGGGUGGUUUGAGUAUCUCAGAAAGUGCUGAUCUCCUGGGAUUUUCACGCACAACAUUCUCUCGAGUUUGCAGAGAAUGGAAACAUCCAGUGAGCAGCAGUUCUGCGGGAAAAAGGGCUUGUUAAUGAGAGAGGUCAGAGGAGAAGGCCAGACUGGUCAAAGCUGACAGGAAGGUGACAGUAACGCAAAUAACCACACAUUACAACAGUGAUAUGCAGAAGAGCAUCUCUGAACACACAACGCAUCAACUCUAAGUGGAUAGGCUACAGCAGCAGAAGACUAAUAAGUCAAAAAAGAAGUCUAAUACAUUUCUAAUAAAGUGCUCAGUGAGUGUAUAUAGAAUAUGUAGCUACAGUAUAUUAUUUGGCUUUGGCUUUACCCAUUUUCAUCACUUUACUCUAUCCACGCCUCUUGAAGGUUGGUCUGGGACCCCUCACCCCGCCUGAGGCCGGUCGUUCCCAACAGCAAUAGCUGGACGCGCUGCUGUCCAUGGACUGCUGCAAAAUGGCAGAGCACCUCUGCCAGUCUUGCCAGAGCUGUCAGAACUAACACUGCCGUCCAUAACCAAAAAGGUGGUGUCACAAGAGCAGACCAGACCCCUAUGAGACCGGCUGCCCUCGGGCAAAUGUGGAUGAAAUAUUAAACGGACCCAAACUGUGACUGCUUUUAAUUACCAAAUAAUCCUGUUGAGGAAGUGAGUCAUCAGAAAAAUGUUUUUUCACUUCCAGUCUUUCACAAGAGAAUAAAAAGAUUCUCCACAUGAAUAAAGGGUACAAAAAGUCUCUCCAGUGGUGGGACAAACUGAUUAUUAUUUUCAAGAGACAUUUGAAAAAAAGACUCAAUAGACAGUAUGAACUAUGUUAUAAUUACUGUCAUUCGUGUUACUUUCAAAAGGAAAAAAUGCCAAAAGGAAAGGUUCACGAUUCUAGUCCCAUGGUUUGGACCACAGCAUCAUACUAAAAUUGUACUGCUGAUCCCAGCCAGUGAAGAAUACUGCCACAUAUGUUUGAGUACACUUAUUUUUGCCUAUUGCUUCCUGCCCUCUGUUUUGUAAACAGUGCUGCCAAUUUUUGCUUCUUCUCAAUUGUGUGUUUGAAAUAGCAACUGGAAAGGAGCUAGUCAUGUAUGCAGAGUUGCCAUGUUAAGCACUGUUGAUUGUUUGCCAUAGUGGUAUAUAUCCAGUUUGUACAUACUGUACCUGUGGGGUCUCUUGGAGUGGUUCCCUCACCUGGCAGUGGGCUAAAAAACACUUCCAUACUUCCAUGGGGGACCAUUAAAAAGAAUUACCUGCAUAUUUAUUUUUUAUUUCUUCAUUUAAAUUAUUUAUGCAUCUUUUUGUAGUUAUAUGAUAGCAAUAAUUGUCGCAUAAAUGUAAUAGUGAAUUUCAAAAGAAAAAAAGAAUGAAUGAAUAAACUAAAGAAAAAUAUAUUUGAAAA